AUGUCGGCAUGUUGGUAUGUGUGUUUUUCUCCAAACACCAACCGCUGGUUCUCGCCCUUGUGCAUUUUGCCAUUUUCUUUUCUGGUUACAUUGGUUUCUUUGGAUCAGGGUGGCUGCUGCCCCCCCGAUGAAACGGCGCGGCGCUUCCGCGGAAAACAAAGACGACAGACUGGAGUGCUGGGCACCUGUUGUGAUGGGAAUCCAUGGCCGUUGGACGGAUGGGACUUGGUAGAUGGUAGAGAUCUGGCCUUGCCUUUCUGUGCACGCUGUUCUUCUUCAGUUGGAGUUUCGGAAGGAGAUCUGCCCGUCCAAUCUUCCACAACAACCCGUUUGGCUUCAUUUUUCGCAAGGAGGAGCCUCCAGCAGGAGGAACCAAAGCCUCAGCAGGGCCUGCAGGUGCGUCUUGUGAACCUCAUCCAGAUGUAG